AUGACAACAAUCCAGGGAUUGCUGGCUACAAAGCCUUCUGGACAUUCACAACAAACGCAAUAUAUCGACACUAUAGAAGCAUACGAUAAAUGGGCAGACAUCUACGACACAGAUGGCAACUUCCUCCAACGCCUCGACACAAUCGAGAUGCGCACUCUACUACCCCAAUUCAUCGACCGGGUAAGCAAGCGCUUCCAACCAAGCCCACCAGAGACAGAGACCAGGACAACCCGCCCCAGCCUAGUAGAUCUAGGCUGCGGUACCGGCCGCAACACAAUCCAACUCCUUUCCACGCUAAGCACCGCCAACAAAGUCACCUCCUUCUCCGUAAUCGGACUAGAUGCUUCGCGCAAGAUGUUAGACGUAGCGCGGGCUACGACAUGCGAGUAUGUAUCGAAAAGCGCAACGAAGACGGACGUUGAGCUUGGUAUUUUUGACCUCCUUCAACCCGAGCUAUCAAAAACACAGCUUCCGUCUUCGUUGUGUGAACCAGGUGCUGUGGGUGUCAUAUCUACACUCGUGCUGGAACAUAUUCCGCUUGAGCGGUUUUUGCUGCUGCUGCGGGGAUUAUGA